AUGGCAUUGACUAUUCCCAAGCCGGUUACAUUGGGUGGUUCAGACUUCCAAAGUACAACCGCCCUCAGCAACCUGCACCAUCACAGCAUUGUAACAAAGGAAUUUGACCCUCUCCGCUUCGAAGCCGCAGCCUCAUUGCAAUUGCAAUUGCAGUCCCAAUCGCAUAUUCAGCAUCAAUCCGACGAAACAGGAGAACAAUCCACCCAUCUCAUUGCAUCUCCAUACAACGAUCCAUCACAUCUCCUCGAUAUAUCAGCCCUAGACCACCAAGAUCGAAUCUUCGCAUUGGCACUCUCAUAUCUAAAGCCAAUCCGCAAUGACUAUGCAACAGCUGCAUACACCGAGUCUUUCAACUGGAGCGAGAUCUUCUCAUUGGUGAAAUCAUUCUCGGAAGCCGAGAACCGGACCUGGACAAGACGGUCGUAUUACGUCGUUAUCUUUCGUUCAAUUCUAUUGCCCGACGCUGACGGUGAUCGUCUUUAUGAUCUGGAUGCGCAUUCGCAUCGCGAGGCCAUUGCCUCUGGGGGCUUGUUGAAGUAUUGGUUCGGGUCGAAGAACGCGGAGCGGAGGAACCUGGCGACUUGUGAGUAUUAUCUGUCGAUUCGAACUUGUAGAACCUUGGCUGAUGAAAAAGGUAUCUGGCGCUCGAGAAAUGAUGCUCGACUUGGUGGGAGGGGGCCUUGGCAUGCGCAGGCUAGAGCUGCGGCGACGGUUAUGUAUGAGGAGAUUCUUUUCACGACGCUGCGGUUGGAUAUACUUGAUGGAGCUGAGGGGUGGGAGUUGACUGAUUGGAAGGAUAGUGCUUGA